UUCAUUUGUACUUGUUGAAUACUUGAUUUCAAAUUCCAAAUGCAGUACAUUCAUUCGCGCUUAUCUAGUACUUCUUGAUCCAAUUGCGUUAUUUCUGGUAUUCUUAUUUCGUACUUUAAUUCAAAUACUCCUAAUCAUCACAUUGGCGUCUCGACUGAGCCUGUGAUGGAAUUGUUGAAUAUACAUUCAGAUUUUGAUGCUUUUGAGGAUUACUUCGAAGGGUUCGAAAUCUGGCCCACGGCCAAGGGAGAUGAUGAGGAUGUUAAUAUUGUAGCACAUUUCCUCACAUUCAUCGGAAAAGAAGCAUAUAGAUUAUUAAAAACUCUGGCUUUACCGGAAAAGCCCAUUUCGCUUUCUUAUAUAGCUCUCAAGGAUCUAAUGCUAGACUAUGUUAAGUAAACAAAGUUCGAAAGCGGUAAAGGAAGAUUUUGUAAAAUGAUUCAUGAGGAUGUAAAAAAUUCCACUACAUUACGUCACCCCAACCCAGUGCAUACUCAAGGUUAUGCAGAUGAUUCAUCGAGGAGUUGCGAUGCAGUUCACGAAGAUGGGCGCAAGUUUGCUCAACGUUUGUCCUGUGGCAGGUUCCACUCUCUUAAUUCAUGUAAAUUUCGUAAUUCUAAGUGCUUUAAAUGUGGUAAUAUUGGACAUAUUCAGUCAGCUUGUAAUACUACUGUUCAUCUUACUGCAACUAAUAUUAUGUCCUGUAAUUCUGAUUAUAUUAAGUUGAGUAUUUAUAACGAUCAUUUAUCUUUAUCAACGAUUUCAAAAGACAGUGUAGAGUCAUAUAGCAGUUCAGAAUUAAGUGAAACUCAGAAUUCUUGCGAGACAACAGUUUCUAAUCAAUCAACUUAUCACAUUUCUCAUGUCAUUGUACCAGAUAUGGUUUUUCCUAAUCAUUCACUUAUUUCUGACGAAAUUCCUUGCCAAUCUGAUGAAAAUAUUUUAAAUGAACCUAGUCAUGAUCAAAAACCUGAUGUAGUUUUGAUAGAUGCUGAUUUUUCUAGUGAUCCUUUACUCUGCAAUGACAUUCUUAAUAAAUUGGAGGAAACUAUUUCAGAAGAAUCAAAUCUUGAUGUUCUAUCAAAUAUUAUUUGUCCUCAUAAUGCAUUUAUUGCUCUUGGGAAACUUGUACAAUUCGAAGCACAAGUACUAAAUGAGCUCGAUUUUGAUUACUAUUCUGAUGAUUUCAUAUCAACUGCUGUUUAUCCUUAUCACGAAGUCACUUCUAAUGUUUACUCUAACCAGUGUGAGAAUGGAAGCCUUAUUAUUCAUAACUUGGGGAUAUAAAGAUACAAUAUUAUUUCGUGGGGGAAGAUAGUCUAAAAGUCUAUGGUUCAAAUUCUGGGUAGCAGCGGUUUCAGUACACAACCGACAUGCUGAUUACACAAUCCAAGGAAGCAGAUAAUACAGAGUUUUUAUCCAGUACAAUGUCGGACAGACAAAGGAUGAACUUAAGAAGAAGACGUACAAUCGAUUACAGACACUUAGACUCUAAUUUAAGCUGUGGCGG